AUAUGUAACAGCAAAUGCACUGUGCAAAGCUGGGAUGGGUCACAAUCAAAAUUAAAUUAUACAUUUAUCCAUAUCAGUGGCUCAGGAUGAGUAGCAAUGUGCUAAUAAUUUAGCCCUAACCAUCUUUAUUCGUAUGUCUGGCCACCAUAAAGCAGUCUGAAUGGUCUUACACUAUUUCCAGAAAAUGCACAGGCUUUGGUGAAGGUAUUUGGUUCCAAAGUUACGAUGCUGGCAGUCACCAAGAAUGCCUCUUUCCUUUAAAUUCCAAUCCUGCUUAAAUGCAUAGAUGGCGUAACAGAGGCCCCCAGAUUGAGAAGUUCUAGUGAAAAAUGACAGAGGUAACUAUUUAGGUGUGCUAUGCUAGUUUGCAGCAGUUUUUAUAACCUGCUACAUAUAAUAUAGUAUAUACAUAUAAUAUGGGUGUAUACAGAACAAUUUAUCAAGUUUGUAACUUGUUGAGUGUACGAUUACAUGGGGAGCUGGUCAUCUGUUGCAUCCACCUCCAUGGUGAGAGUUUUACUGUGCCUUCGCUUCCCUGGUAUCCAGGGAACGUUUUCAUUGAGAUGAGAAGGGUUCAGGCAUGAUUAAACAAGUCCGUUCACUUUGGGAUCGAUCCUGUAGCAAACUCCACCAGGAUGAACAGGUUAGGAUUCAGCAGAUUUCCAGCUGAGUCAGGAGGUUCCUAGCUGAGCUGGGCAAUACCUGUUCACUGUAUUUUUCCAUGUCUAAGACACCCCCACAUAUAAGACGCCCGCUAUUUUUUGAGCCCAAAAUUAAGAAAUAAACAUUUUAAACACCAAGCAAAACAACUUUGAUAUUUUAUUAAAUAUUCAAAACACUGGUAUAUUUAGUACCGUAUAUUUAAACAUCAAACAGUGAGGCAAGCUGUGUAAUGGCAGCUGCUCCUGUCAGCUCAGUGUAACUUCACUGUAGCUGCAGCUCCAGCUCUCCCGCCUGUGUGGUGCACUUUCGUCUCAGUAUUUACGGUAUGUACCGUAUUUACUCCAUGAGUGCCGGCAGAUGCGGACGCUGAUCAAGGAGCUGCGACUGCCAGAGCUUCCUGAGUGUGCUGGGGGGGGGUCUUGGGUAGCCAGGGGGCGGCUGUGGGAACCAGGUGGAAGGGACAAUGUCCAGAGUGGGGGCUGCUGGGAGGGAGGAGUACCAGACCAGGGUUUGACAUGUAGUGAGGGGAGGCUGGGGGGAGAGAAUAUGGAUGGCGGCAUGUAUUUAUUUAUAUAUUUAAUUGCAACAUUCUGCGUAUAAGACGACCCCCAAUUAUAGGCUUUAAAAAUUUGGGAGGAAAUAUUGUCUUAUACACGGAAAAAUACAGUAACUCCUUCAUCCUCUGCUUAGCCAGAGAUAUGCUGGCAUAUCUCCCCAUCCCAGCUCAGACAUGACCCAGCUGGCUAAUCUGACCCUGGUGGAUCUUUAGCUAGUGUAGACCCUAUCUGAAGCCUAUUCAGCUCCGUCAUGUGACGUGGCAACUCACUGUAAAUUAAGUCACAAAAAAGGCGGUGUAACUCAAAACACUAUUUUAAAGGCUUGUUUUCCCCUCUUCCACACUUAGAAGAUGGAUGUGGUGUAACUUUACACCAGUUUGCUUUACACCAGCUUCUCGUGUAUAGGAUUACUCUGUACAGGGUUGUCUUGUUUGCCCCUGUAAGUUACUGCCUGAUACAGUUGCCUAUAGCUAUUCUGUGUGCAUUAUAUAUUUACUAAGCUUUUUGUGGUGAGAGUAUAAUUGACAGGCAGUAUGGCAGGAUUAUAUUUUACAGAGAUAAAACACUACCGAAGCAGAAAGUGUUGAAACAAAGGUUUUGUCAAGGCAUUUUCUCUCCCGGGCUGACACAAAAAUGCUUUAAAUGUCACAAUCAUUUAGAUUAGAAGCCCUGUUUUCAUUUUAUUGUUAAUGCAGCACUCCUAAUAAUAGCCCGGUAUUAACCAGGGCAUUGUUAUUUGCUUGCUAAAAUGAGUAACUGCAACAAAAUGCUAUAAACUUAGCAGGUCAUGUCACAACAAGAGUUGCAAAACCAUUAAUCUAAAUGGCAUAACUAAAACUCAGCAAUUUCUCUCUCAUUUACUCUUGUGCUGCCAUCAGAGAUGUAUUUUACCAACAAAGCUCUAAUGCCUGCUAAGUAUCUUAGAAGUCAGAAUGCAAACAUUUCCCCCCUCUUUCUCUAACUUUAACUCUUAGACUACAUACAGUAUGUAUCUAUAAUCCUUUCACCAGAGUGGUGUACAUUUCCCAAAUGAAUUACAGAUGUUUGAUCGUAGGUGCAGUAUUUAACACAACCUGCAGAAAAUGAUCAAAUGCAGUUUAUCAGCCAUGUAUUAUGGUCUGACACAUUCCUUGUUUUGCAGUCCUAGGAUUUCACUAACCUUCUCCUUGAGCAUUCACCCUAAUUUGCUUGCACAAAGUUUAUGCAGAUCUUAGAUUAUGCUGGGUCUUUACUGAGCCUUCAUUCUGAUUUGAACAGGGAGGAUAUACAAGGAGAAUUUCUUCUGAUUUCCUUUACACCAAAUCUUGCACAAAUGUUGGUUCAAUCAUAUGCAAAAGCACAACACACAAAACAGAAAGCAGCUCAGUGAUCUGCUUACUGCCUACUUAUUAAAACAAGUGGUUUCUGCUAGAGGACACACCUGAGUCUUUUAUAUUCAAUAAUCUCACUGCAUGGACUUUGCAAUGGCACUUGAUUGUAGUUGUCGCCAUGGCUAUCUCCUUUGCUAACUCAUGGUCGACUUUAGUGUUUAGGUAUAUCUCCUGCAGCUUUUCCUUAAUUUUCUCUAAUCUCCUUCCACACAACACACGGUGUUAAUAGGAGCAAUGGUUGUGUGCUUCCAUAUUGUAAUGUCCACACCGCUAGCUAUUGUUCCAAUUAAGAGUAGGAACAGCAACCAAUAAGACACAUGUACUGAAUUGUGGGCCAGGGUGUGCCAUUAAAAAAAAAGAUGCUUAGCCAUGGUAGCAAAUUUCCCCAAUGUCACUGAUCAUCCCCGCAAGAUAGAAGAGCCAAUAGCACAACUGCAUUCCAGAGGUUUUAAAAGCAUUGUAAGCAGUGAUUUGGUUUCCAGAGAAACUUAAAUGAAAUGAACAUUUCCUGUAUGCUUUCCUUCUGCAACCACAUGCACCUACCCACUAAAAAGCCUGUUUUCAAAUGAUCUGAUUUAGUAUUUUAAUGGGGCACUGUUGAUGGAGGGAUGAGUUGCCCCAAAUAGGGUGGAAUUCCACCCGAUUUGGAGCAACUCUUCUUCCAGUAGCCUUUUGUAUCUUGUCCCACACUGUUCAGGAGGUCCCCUGACCCUUUGUAGAGGCACAGGUGAUUGCGGUGGGAGAGACAGAAAGCUUUCUGUGAACUUCCUUAAGUUAGUAUUUUGAUAUUGCACUUUGGGAUAGAGUUGAAUGAUGGAGUGUCUCAACAAUGGACGUACUACACUGAGGAAAGAUUCUGACUUCUGCAAAACAAGCAAUGUGUAUUUUAUGGGGGAGGGGAGGGAAACAUACAGUCCCCAAAAAGAGAGACUGUAGUUUUGAACUAAAAUGUUGUACUUUGUUCAUAAUUUCCAGUGAUUUACAUAUCUUAAUCUAAUAGCUCAUCUAAUUUUAACUCCCUUUUGCAACUAAAUUGCAAAAAAAGAUUUGUAAUCUUCAAAUUACAUUUAAAAAAUAUACAAUACUGAUAUAUUUUCCUUUCAGUGGUGUUCUACUUUUAGCUUUCUCCCUCUUCUUUUCACCAGUUUGGGAUUGCAAAGGUCACACAAUGCACAACCUAAAAUGUUGAGCUUCCCUACACAUCUGAAGUGUGAAUAAUUAGCACUUGGUGAAAGAAACUGAGACACAGUUCAGUUUUUAUAGUGCUUCUUUAUCCCACGCAACCAGCCCAUUCUGGCAAGAAUAACAUGAUUCUGUGGUAGUUCUGAGCUUAUAUUAAUCUCACUAUAACCUUGAUGUAUACAGACAAAAUUAAAAACCGGAGUAUACUAAAAAUACACAGAGAACAGCAGGGGAGAGAGUGGAAAGAGCAACAACCCCACACUUAGCAAGGUUUAAACCAAUCCCCCUCAUAACAUCAUAAUUUACAAAUUAAAAUCUUAAAACCACUCGGCUGCCGUCUCAUACAGCUCACUAAUACAGACACAUUCUCUCUAUACAAACACACUCUAGAGCUCCUCCACAAGAGGGGUUAUUUUGGGUCAACCAGAAUCCUUCUUCCAUCAGUCCUUCCCUCCUGACCCCUGGAGGGAUUUUCUUCUCUCAGAGCACUCAAGGAUUCCUCAGAAUUUAUCAAGAUGCUUAUCACUUGUGUUAGUUAGUUAGUUAGUUAGUUAGUUAAAUAAAUAAAUAAAUAAAUAAAUAGUGAAAUAUUUAUACUCCCCUCCUCAUUCUCAAAGAACUCUCAAGAGCAACUAGCAAUUAAAAGCAAUAAUCCAUAUUAAAAAUAUAUAUCAAGAAAGCUUGUUUCUUUGAAACCUGGACCUUCUUGGCAGCCGCCCACACAGACACAUUUCUCUUUUGCCUCAUUCUUUUACACAGGGCCCCUCCUCACUCCUCGUCAGUCUUGUUACCUCAGUCACACCAAAACACUGCCUUCCCCUCAACUUUUCACCAGUCAUUUCUCUUGGUUGCCUGGAGACUACUGGCUGGUUGCCAUCACUUGUCCCCUUAUUUAUACUGCACAUUCUCUACCUCCACUGAACCUUAAAUCCAAACACUCAGAUUUAGCCGAUGUGUCAAACAUAUUACCCCGUUUAAACAGCCACGGUGUUAUCUUCCUGUGGAGCAGGCUGUCAGUUACAAAUCAGAGAUCCAAAUGGAUUUUCAGUUGUGCUUUUAUUAUAUGCUCAUUUCCAUAGUUACAUUAAAAUAACGUAAUAGAAACUUUCAUCCACAAAUAAGAGAGCUGAAGAGACACAACCUCACCUUCCUAGUUCUUCAAAAUAGAAGGGAGCCUUAUCUCAUGUUUGACUUCCAAAUAACUCCAGUCUUUGACCUCUGUUGUUUCUGUAAGCAAUUAAAUCUUGUACUGCCAAUAAAUAAGGCAGUUUUAGUGGAGUGAGCUAGCCACAUACUAUUAGAAACUAGCUCAAGGUCUCCUGCUAAUUUCAAAUAUAUUUCUUUCUGAAAUAUUCCACUUCUGAAGAAACUUUCAGUUCUUUGGUUUGUUAGACCGGCAGCACUUAAAUGAGCAACUUUUAUUACUAGCUAAAACAAUAAAUUUCAGAUUUUUCAACCUAAGCUCCAGUUGGCACCAAGUUAAGUGUGAAUAUAGAGUUUUAACACAGAUGAGCUUCAUUAACUUAAACUUAAGCGUUGGAGCUUUUUAGUGCCAUAAAAUGUAUUGCCAUAGCAAAGGCAAACUAGAACAAUCUGUGAUGCUAUAUAUAAUAUGUUGAGUCAUAAGCAUUAUUUACUGGGGUUUGCUGUUCAGGAUAGAAAGGAAUCCCACUGGCAUUGUUAAGUAAUAUGAUCUGCAAAAGACAGCACUUAAUGGCCAAAAAUUCAUUCCUUGUUCAAUGGCAUAUAUACUUAAGUGUUUGUAACAGCUGCAGAAAUUAAGGUUACUGAAGUACAAAAUGGCUUGCUUAGUGUUAUUGCACUUCACUCCGCUCUUCAUCACCACAGCAUAGACAAGAACCCACUUCUCCAUCUUCUUACCUAAUGAGUAUUUUCCAGACAGAGAAGGGAGUAGGGGGCCAUUAGUUUGUUUCAGUUUAUUAGUCUGUGAAAAAUACAUAAACUUUUUCAAAAGAAAAAAUAUAUUACAUCAAAUCAAUAGCUACUUGGUUCAGAUUAAUGACUAUUUGCAGUUAUGUGCCCAAUUUUUUCAUAAACUGUAAAAAUGAAACUUGGCACAACAGGAAAUCAUAGGGGAAAUCUAAAACAGCUUGGGCCCAUCACGUCAAAUUUGGCAAUGCCCUGCCAAAUAGAGAGACAGUAUCUUCAGUGGCAUCCAAAUUGGAGUAGUUUGGAUCAGUCAUGCCCAAAUUAGGGCACAGUCAUACCAAAGUCACAUUUCAGUAUACCAUCUUGACUGAAAAUGUUGGCCACCUUUGUGCCAAGUUUGGCAAUGGUUAUCCUGAGAGGCAUCCAAACUUACACAGAACAGAUAAAGAUGGAUAAGUCACUUUCCAAAAUAUAUAGUAGCUUAAUUAGUCAGAAAAAUGUCCAUAGAAUGAUUUAAAGGGGGAGUACUGGAAUGGCUUUUUGUCAGCCCAAAGGCCACAAUAAAGGAGUGUCAUGGACUGGUUGGAAACAGAGGAAUGGUGGGAGGAACCAGCUGGGAAUCAACCAAGGGAAGAAGGCUUAGAGCCUGGGGAGUGGUGGUGGGACAACAAGGAGUGGUCAACAAGGAGAAGACUGGGAAGAGGUGUUGGAAGCUGAAGGUAUAACAGGGCUUAGUGAGCUGGGAGAGUCUGUGGCAGAGAGAGGUCCAGAAUCAGAGGCAGAAGCUAAAGCAGGUGAAUGGGAGGGAGGCCAAGAGGCAGAGAUGAGUCAGGCUGGUGAAGAGUCAACGGUGUCUCCCCCUCCUCCUGUGACAAGCUCCACUCCCCACUGGCUUCCCAGAACCAGAAGAGGCAUGAAGCAGGAGGAGCAAAGACAGGCAUGCAGACAGUCUCCAAUUGCUUGGGGGGAAAUUCUGGAGAGGAGACAUAAGACGGCUGUGGGGAGGUGGGGUCCUUUAGUCUUGACAACUGAUCCAUGGGGAAGACCUAUUGGGGAUUAGUACCUGUCAUAGCUGUCAACGUUUCCCUUUUUUAAAGGGAAAUUCCCUUAUUCUGUAUAGGAUUCCUCGCAAGAAAAGGGAAAAGUUGACAGCUAUGGUACCUGUGCUCAUUAGGCCUGACACUCUGCCAGGUCUGUGCAGAUUCUGUUCUUGCUCAUAAGGAGUUAACUCUAAUGUGCAGGGUGUGAUUUACUGCUGGCUCGCUCCUAUCAGACAGCCACUCCUCCAAGUGCUGCGUGCCUAAAGUAGGCAUACUGGCACAUCACGUAUACACAGACCACACACACUGAUACACAAAGACAGACACAAAUACACUCAGCAGAUCACACUCAGGCAGUCAGACAAAACCGGCCGUGUGUGUAUGUGUCUUGUUUCUAGCAUUUCUGUUCCCCUCAGUGGUACUAGGGAAUAAGGCAUUCCUCUGACCUCAGUGCUGUAAUGGGGAGUAAAAACAAAGGGAUUUAAAGUUCUUCUUACCUUGCAAGGUAGUUUCUUCUCCUUCUGAGCUAAGACAGCGUAGGUCAAAUCAGACUACAUAGGCUUCAGUUGGCUCUAGCUCCCUGAAAAGACAACAUCUCAGGUAGCUGCCUUAGCAGGGUCCUCUGGAGCUGUCCAAGGUCUUUUAUACUCCCUGUUUGACCGGGACUCUUGACUUAAUGCUUUCUGCUUCCUCCAUGAGCCCACAGAAGAGUUGGGUUUAAGUACAAGUGAAUGGGCAACACGUAAUUAUCUACAUCACCUGAUACAACAGACAUUAACUGGGGAGAAAACACUUGCACAACCAAACUUUACAUCAUUAAAAAAACACAACCCAGUCAAAUCUGAUACAGUGGUACCUCGGGUUAAGUACUUAAUUCGUUCCGGAGGUCCGUUCUUAAUCUGAAACUGUUCUUAACCUGAAGCACCACUUUAGCUAAUGGGGCCUCCUGCUGCAACUGCGCUGCUGGAGCCCGAUUUCUGUUCUUAUCCUGAAGCCAAGUUCUUAACCUGAAGCACUAUUUCUGGGUUAGCAGAGUGUGUAACCUGAAGCGUAUGUAACCUGAAGUGUAUGUAACCUGAGGUACCACUGUACUGAGAACUGAGAAGUCACACUGCUAAGAGUGGCAGCUGUUCUGAAUUUCUUUUUUGGAGUGACUUUGGAUGUUUGCAAGACCGUCAAAAACAAACUGUAGCAUUUUGACCUAAGCUCACCAUAUCUCACCUCUUUUAUAACAUCCUAAGUGUCAGAAACUUAAAAACUAUUGCAGGUUUUCAUUUCACAUUCACAGUAAGAAGUCACAUUACCGGUUUACUUCCGUCGACUCUACAGCUUGUGAACGAGCAGAACCCCAGGGUCACUAGAAAAGCGGUGACUUUUGCCACCUCUAGAACACCUGAGAACCACAGAGUGGGACCAAGAGAUGAGCAGUUACAAGUUCAGCAUUCAAUCAUGAUUAUUGGUUGUGGAAAGCUCCCCUCAGGUAGGCAUACCUAGCGCCAGGGACCUUUCUCUUUGGCCCCAGUUCAGUUGGCAACUUUAAGAUGGUAAUGUUCCUUGUUUAUCUUGGUAGUAAUAUAGAUGGGAUUCCUGAUCAUCCUCAGACGAGGGAGCAUACAAGGGACAGAAAUAGCAUAAUAAAACAGAGGAAUAAAAUUAUACAUAGUGGGGACAAUAAUUUAGCAAGAAUACUAUCAUUCUAUCAUACUAUCAUUCUCACAGCUGAAAGGAGGUUUCUGCAAUAGUAGGUCUGAGUACAUGUAUAAAGGUGGAGUUGCACACAGGUUUGUUUUUAUUGGUCUCUACAAUCAAUAUUUUGGAUCUGUAUACUGUGAAUAUUGAGGAAUACUCAAAACCACUUCAACAUGAAGCAGUUGCUUUUUAAGACACACCACCAUCCUCAGGAAGGGUAAAAGUGGUGAACAUUUCCCUUGCACAUUUAAGGAUAACUAUAACAACAAACUGUGAUCUUAGAACCGUGGAACAACACCAGUGCUCAGAAGUUAGGACUUUGCCUACUAUUAGAAUGAAAUUAAUUAUGGAAUUGAUGGAAGGGAUGGCAAUGAGAUAAAAACGUCCUAGGAAAAUAAUGCAAGGAGUGGCUCUUUCUCUCUUGAGUGAAUGGCACCAAAGAGAAAGUAGACUAAAUGGCAGUUAUUACGGUGCCAGUACAUCAUUUGAAUGGCUACAGCCAAAAAAGAAUGAAACACAAGCCUUUUAAGUGAAAUGAGAAGCCAGAAAACUCUUAAUCAAUGAACUCAUUAUUUCCUGCUCGCCUUGGUCCAGUUCUAGCUAUACAUAGUUGCAUAAUACUACGUGGAAAGGAAAUAGCUGGGCUGCAAACCUCUAGUGGAAGAAUUGCAGAACAAGCUAUAACACUGGGGCUAGAUAAGGUACAGAUGGAACAAUUAAACACGUACAGAAAUUAAUUGUGACCACAAUGCAACUAUGUGAUAGUGAUCCUUAUAGUCAAGUAAAUCUACCCUUCUCAGCAGAUGCAUUAGUAGUAUCUUUUGUACUCUUAAAUGAACUGAAAAAGGAAACAGGAGCCUAAGGCAGAAUUAACAGUAUCAGUAAACAAGUAUUCUUGUAUCAGUAAACAACUUUGCUAUCAGUAGCAAAAUGGUGAUGGAGAUAGCUUAUUUAUUAUUUACUGCUUUUAGGAAGAAAAAAAGACUAAAUUUUACAAGCAUAGUUUUCUUAUAGGAGAAAAUCUCAGCUUGAGCAUCCUAGAAAGCAAUAUUGUUAAAACUCAGCAAAGGUAUUAAAAUGGGAUCAUGUUACUCUGUCUUCUGUAAUAAAAGCAGCUGCCUCAAGCCAGUGGGAAAUAUCCAGGCAAAGGACUAAUGUAUACUUGGAUCACAAUGUUAUCAAGCCCCCACUAAACUGCCGAUUGUAUCUGUUUACAACGAUGUACAAUUAGAGUUUGAUCAGGGCCAAUCUGAACAAAUGUUGGGGCUUGUAUCUUCUACCACAGCCCAAGGCCUGCUGUUGAAUCUCUGCCUUAGUCGUCCAUAUACAGAAUGAGAAUAAGAGUGAACUACAGAGUUGUGAAG